AAUAAACACCGAGUUUUUCAUAUUACAAGUCGAUGUGAAAAUUUGUUGGUUGAGAAUACUACGUAUCGUUGAAAAAUUCCGAAAAAUCGUCCAGCAAAAUGGCUUGCAGACGAUUCAUUGCAAAUUGUGUUGUAUCUAACAAUCUAAAAUCAGUGCGUUCAUUGCCAGCAUUGUCCACAAGAGCCUAUUCAACCGAAAAGGAGGAGAUUACAAAAUCGACUCAUACAGGCCAGGCAUUCGAACCAGACGACUAUCGAAAUGUGCGAUUCACAGAUGCAACGCGUUACGUCAACAAGAACUGGGGUAUCAAUUUAAUAGCUGAGGUACCACCGAAGGAAUGCACGGAACGUGUUGUUUAUUGUGAUGGUGGCGAUCCACAUUUAGGUCAUCCAAAGGUUUACAUCAAUUUGGAUAAACCAGGACCACAUGCAUGUGGCUACUGUGGUCUUCGAUACGUUCUCAAAGAGGGACACCAUCAUUAGGAGAGAAAAACAACCACAUUUUUGAUGUGUUGCACAUAUAUUGCUAGAAAUUACAUCCAAUUGAAUCACUAGUCAACUGACUGUGAAAAUGUUGAAUAAAUGAUUUUGUGAAGAGAAAAAAAAACGAAUUCAGUAAAUUUAUUAUGUAAUUUUGUCAA